UCGAAGACAUGUGGCAAUAAAGUGGUGAGGACCUUACGAUGGGUGACUGGAACCUACUGGGCAGCAUCCUGGAGGAGGUCCACAUUCAUUCAACAAUCGUGGGCAAGAUCUGGCUCACCAUUCUCUUCAUUUUCCGCAUGCUAAUCCUGGGGGCAGCUGCUGAGGAUGUAUGGGAUGAUGAGCAGUCUGAAUUUGUCUGCAACACUGACCAACCAGGUUGCAAGGCAGUCUGCUAUGAUCGUGCCUUCCCCAUCUCGCUUAUUCGCUUCUGGGUCUUGCAGGUCAUCUUCGUCUCUGCACCCUCACUGGUCUACAUGGGCCAUGCCCUCUACUGCAUCCGAGCACUAGAGAAGGAGCGCCAUAGGAAACGGAUACAGCUGAAGGAGGAGAUGGAUGAAGCAGAAUUGCCACUGGAUGAACAUAAACGAAAAGAGAGGGAGUUGAAGAAGCUGGAUGAACAGCGAAAGGUAAAAAAGGCACCUCUUCGAGGAUCCCUCUUGAGAACCUACAUCAUUCAUAUCCUUGUACGCUCUGUGGUGGAGGUGUUCUUCAUACUUGGACAAUACAUUCUAUACGGUGUCCAACUUGACCCGCUGUAUAAAUGUGAAAGGAUGCCUUGCCCCAACAGUGUGGACUGUUACAUCUCGAGGCCCACCGAGAAGACCAUUUUCAUGGUUUUCAUGAUCGCCAUUGCUGGUGUCUCGCUUUCUCUCAACAUUCUGGAAAUAUCCCACCUUGGCAUCAGGAAAAUCAAAACGGCCCUCUCUGGAGAGAGAUACAUGGAAGAUGACAGUUUAAUUUUCAAGUCCAGGAGGAAGGUUUCGCUGUCACAUCAUUGUGUGAUGAGCAAUGCGUCACCUUACAAUGGACCUUUGACACAGACCUUCAAUGUAAUACCAGAAGAAGACGUAAAGCCUCCUCAUUACCCCGGGCUCAAAACGAGCCACGGGGCUCCGAGGAAUGACAGCUCGGCUCAUCUGGGGCACAUCCAGACCAACUACAUCUGCCCCGAACCCAGAAUACAAUCCACUCACAACUAUGUCAUUUCCCAAACUCAUCAAGGUCCAGAGGUACCCACAGCAAUAGUGGACAACCAUCAUGGCUUGGACACGGUGGUGUCUGCAGCAGAGGGAAGUGCAUCAAGCCCUGGCAAAGAUACCCAUCAGAGAGAGCACAGUGAUGCCAGCCAUUUCGAGGCUUUUCCGUGUAGUCGCGCUAGACGGCCGUCUUCUACGACAAAUCUGGAGGAUGACCGCAGAGACUCAGUGGGGAGUGAGGUCCUUCUACCCAAACCUAGAAAAAACAGUUUCAUGUUCAGACCACCAUCUGAAAGCUUGUCAUCAGUCAGUCGUUCCACAAGUUCCUCCUUACAUUCCUCAGAAGAAUCAGAUGAACUGGGCUCACUGCAGGGCGACAUGCUCAUGAUGCCGCCUCCCGGGGGGCGAAGAAUGUCAAUGGCAAAAAAAGUUAGAAACAACUCCACAGAAACUACAUGUCUAUCAUACAGUUCUUACCCACAAAAAGAGGUAUGCGGAAUUAUCCAGGUAGAUACGUUUUUUAAGUCAGUUCAACUGAGGUUUUCAGAAAUCCCCAAAGCCACAAUCCGAGAAAUAAGUGAAUCUGCUGAAUGGACCCCGAUUGGUGUACUUGGUUUCUAUUCCACCCUGGUUUGUCACCACCAAGAGAAAGGCAAAAGACAGAGCAAAUAUUUGAAGGGUUCACAACUUUUGUGGGAGCUGCAUUCAAGAGGCGUUAGCCGUUCCCAGUCAAACGUGUUUUGUGGAUGACAUGAAUAUUGGUAUGGCACACCACAGUUAAAAAAAAAAAAAAAAAAGGAAAGAAAUACUGCCCUUUU